AUGUCACCCGCACUGGGAAAACAAUCGGCAGCCGCAUUGUCGAGUCGGUCAUCAUGCCCCUAUUUCCCUGAUUUGUUUUCACCUCGUCGUUGUGAAUUGUUGCGAAUACAAGCGACGGUAAUCGAUCCAGACGAAACCGUCGUCCCCUCUGUGCUGGUUUUGGAUUCGACACAAGGACCCGAAUUGAGGCCCUACAGACUCACACGCUAUUCGGCCUUCACGUGCGAUAAGAAACAACAACGCUUUUCGAUCACAUCUAGGGAGCACCCAUCGAUGAACCCGCAAGCAUGGUAUCUGCGAGUUGUCAUUGCUGGACGCAUCGUGGACACUCGUUGCAAGUUGAAUACAAACAGACAGAUGCAAAUAAAUACAGGGUCUGCUUAUGCCUCAGUAACUGAUGUCAAUACUCAAUUUGCCCGUCCGUCAUUGCUUGCAAGUUCGUCUGGAUUACACCUAUUCGCGAGCGUCCACUCCGACCGAAAAGCGCGCCGACCGGGUAUCGAACCCAGAGUCUGCGGACAGCAGGCGAACGCGUCACCGACUACACCAACCGGACGUCCAGUAUAG